UCGGCUCUCCACCUCUCUAAUAGCUCUCUCUCUCUCUCGUCCGACCAGCAAAGGCCGUCCGCCUCUCUCUGCUCGUCCGUCCGUCCAACCACCAGAGGACCUCCGCCUCUCUGCUCGUCUCGCCGUCCGACCAGCAGAGCUCGCUCGUCCCUCCGUCCAACCGCAACCAGACAUGUGUCCCACAAAUACUUCUAAGAGGACACCGAUUGUGUUGAGGAUGGUUGUGCUGGUCAUUGCAAUGCUUUGUGGUAUUUAUAUUUGCUUUAUUUGUCUAAAGCAAAUUAGCACACGUGUGAAUCCAAAUUAUAUCCCGCUAGGCACAAAAAUCCAAGUAACCGUGGAACAGUGUCAGGUUUCUAGCACUCAGGCUGGGGAGGGUUUGCUUUUGCACUAUCCGAAACCAAAAACUUAUAGCAGGGGUGAAUGCAUAUGCAAUCCUGUCCACUUCUUUGCAAUUUUGUCCAUGCAGAGGUCUGGAAGUGGAUGGUUUGAAACUUUCUUGAACAGCCACAUCAAUGUUAGCUCUAAUGGAGAGAUUUUUUCUGUUAAAGAAAGGCGGAGUAAUAUUUCAUCUGUUCUAAGCACGUUGGACAAAGUGUACAAUCUUGAUUGGUUUAGUAGUGCCUCCAAAAAUGAAUGCUCAGCUGCAGUUGGCUUCAAGUGGAUGCUUAAUCAGGGUGUCUUGAAGUAUCACGAAGAAAUAGUUGAGUAUUUCAACAGCCAGGGUGUUUCUGCAAUUUUUCUACUCCGGAAAAAUCUUCUGCGUAGGACUAUUUCUAUUCUUGCAAAUUCUUAUGACCGAGAUGUGAAGCUACUCAAUGGCACUCAUAAAUCCCAUGUCCAUUCACAAACCGAGGCCAAGUUGCUCGCACAGUAUAAGCCAGUGAUCAAUGUCACUUUAUUGCUUCCCGAUCUGAAACGUGCUGAGGAGAUGGCGGUCAAUGCUUUAGAAUACUUCAAGAGUACUCGCCACAUUAUCGUCUACUAUGAGGAUCUUGUCAGCAACCGCACGAAGCUGAUAGAUGUUCAAGAUUUCCUAAGAUUGCCACAAAGGAAAUUGGAGAGCCGCCAAGUACAGAUACACACCAAGCCCCUCUGCGAGCAGGUCGCAAACUGGAAGGAUGUCUACAAUGCUCUCAAGGAUACAAAAUACGUCAGCUUCCUCGAGAAAUCAGACCAUCGCAUCUAACUCAAGAUUUACUUUGAAUGUCUGUAAAUAAGUUCCAUUCAUUCUUUAUCACAAGGUUCUCGGUAACUUCCACUGUCCACCAUUUCAGCUGGUUGCAUUGAGAAGGUUUUGACUGCGUCCCAGCCUUGUAAUUCUUUUAUUCUUUUAAUCUUUCAUUCA